GGUGAAGUCAGAGAUAUGSCAGCCGUCGCCCUGAAGUCUUGUCGCAAAGGACUGUCUCACAUUUUGAGGGAUGGAGCAGUCGCUACUCUCUUGCCAAAGGCUUUGGGAGGGGUGAGACAGAAGUCCUCUGUACAGUAUGCAACGAGGCCAGAGCUCCCUAAGCUGGCCUACCGCAGGGUAAAGGGGAAGAGUCCAGGCGUGGUCUUCCUGCCUGGGUAUGGAUCCAACAUGAACGGCCAGAAAGCUGAGGCCCUGGAGGAGUUCUGCAGGUCGCUUGGACACUCAUACCUUAGGUUUGACUACACAGGCCAUGGGUUAUCGGAGGGGGUGUUCGCUGAAGGGACCAUCGGCACCUGGAAGAAAGAUGUCCUCUUCGUGUUGGAUGAACUAACAGAGGGUCCACAGAUCAUGGUGGGGUCCAGUAUGGGCGGCUGGCUCAUGCUGUUGGCAGCUAUCGCCAGGCCGGAGAAGACUGCAGCUCUGGUGGGCAUAUCCACGGCAGCAGACCACAUUGUCACAACCUUCAAGUCAAUGUCUUUAGAGGUGCGUAAGGAGAUUGAAGAGAAGGGCGUGCUGACUGUGCCCACCAAGCACAGCGAGGAGGGCACCUACACGUUCAYUAUUGGCUUCCUGAACGAGGCGGAGAACCAUUGUGUCCUCCAGAGCCCCCUCCCCAUCACCUGCCCUGUGAGGCUCAUCCACGGCCUGAAGGACGACGACGUGCCCUGGCACAUCUCCAUGCAAGUGGCCGAGCGCGUCCUCAGCCCCGACGUGGACGUCAUCCUCCGCCGCCACGGUCAGCACCGCAUGGCCGAGAAGGAUGACAUCAGGCUCAUGGUCUACACCAUCGACGACCUCAUAGACAAGCUGACCACCCUCGUUUGAGUUGGGGGGGGUGUUAGGAAUGCACUCCAUUGGAGAGGCAGGAGCAACCAUAUAUGAUCCCACUCUCCCCCUUCCUUCCAUCCUGYCCAGUUUGUCCUCAGUAUGCUGUUUCAAAGCAAGAGAAAAAGACGAGGAUUAUCGAAAGUACAAACUGUGAUGGAACGAGGAUGUCGUCUGUCAGAAACCUCAGCCAGGUCCCUAAUGCCUGCCUUGGGAAGGGAGUGUGUCUUUUACCAGUUUACUCUGUGCAGUGUUUUUUAGGUAAACCUUUCUACGGGCAAUACUGCCACUGCUGCCACUGUUUGACAGAUCCCAAUAGUUCUAGUGUGCCUUUUUUACCACGUCUCAUACCCAUUGGGUCAACAAAGCCUCUGCACAGCAGAGUGGAGCACAGGUCUCGUCUAAUUGUGCAUGCAGAUAUUAUAUGAGGCACAGAUAGAAUACACACAGACAACAAGCUCCAUCAAACUGCCUCCUACGCAGAAGCACUGUGACAUAGUGUGGUGAUCGGUCCAAGCUGUAUUUUCACAGUGUCGAUACCAAAAAAGACUGUACACUAUCUCAAAAUAGCUGAAGAAAAGUCAAGAGGAAUACAUUUUUUAUUUUACUGUACAUCCACCCACCUUCCCAUGUGCCAGUCUGAGCCACUGGGCUGUUGAUUAACAUGUCGUUCGUUGGUUAUUGGACUGUGUUCAAUGGGGCAGAAAGUCAGUCCUGCUGCAGCAGACGCAGUAACUCUCUCUGAUCCCCUAACUGCUGCUCUGACCUUUCACUCUUCGGCAGAAUGUUUGCAAUCAGUCACCUACGCAUCACAACACCAACCGGAUGACAAAACUUAAACAUGAGCACGCAUCAGGGUGUAAAACAAAGCGCCUGAGUUAUGUAAGUACUGUACAUUGCCUUUGGAAAGUGUUCAGACCCCUUGACUUUUUCCACAUUUUGUUACGUUAGCCUUAUUCUAAAAUGGAUCAAAUGUUUU